CAUAGGAGGGCGGAGUCAGGGAGUAGCCGCCUGUCUGUGUGUUAUUAUAGGCCGGGCAUUGUGCUGGGAUCAGGGAGGACGGAGAAGCCAUGGCCGUACCAGCAGAGAGAGGAUAUUACCGCUUUGUGGUUCUUUUUUUCAACUGCAUGCUCACCUUUGGCUCCUAUUUCUGCUUUGACAUUCCCAGUGUUCUGCAGGACCAAUUCCAAGGGAACCUGACAUGUAAUGGUAGUCAGCCAAAUGGCACGCACCAUAAUGGCAGCACUGGGUGUGUGGAGGGGCUGGGCAUGACUCCAGAGCAGUAUAAUCUGCUGUAUGCUAUAUACGCUUGGACCAAUGCGUUGGUUGUGAUCAUGGCGGGGUUUCUCAUCGACAAGCUAGGGAACAGAUUUGGGCUUUUUCUCUUUUCCUUCCUGACUGUGCUGGGCUCCUCCAUUUUUGCGCUGGGAUCACACUUCAAAGGAACCCCCUACUUGCUGCCUCUGAUGUUAACCGGACGCUUGUUGUUUGGCUCUGGGAAUGGAUCACUGACAAUUGUACAGAAUCGUAUCACAGCCUUUUGGUUCAAAGGCAAAGAGCUGGCACUGGCCUUUGGUUUGACCCUGUCGUUCUCCCGCUUGGGUAGUGUUCUCAACUUCUUCCUCACCCAGAGGUUUGAAAAUCACUUUGGAAUCCAGUGGACACUUUGGGGAGGAACCAUUCUAUGUGUCCUGGGUUUCUCUUCCGCUGUCACUGUCAGUAUAUUAGAUAAAGUGGGCAUGAAACAGUUGGGUCUUGAUGGAACCAUCCAAGAAGCGUCCAAAAAAGUUCGAGUGCAGGACAUUCGGAAAUUACCACUACGAUACUGGCUGCUAGUCCUUACCAUUAUGUUCUUCUAUAAUGGGGUCUUUCCAUUUGUGGCAGAUGCCAGCAAAUUCAUUCAAGACAAAUACCCGGGAUACGACCAGCAGACAGCGUCCUAUAUUGCGGGAGCUGUAUAUGACAGCUCUCUGGUACUAUCUGCAAUUGUGGGGAUACUGAUUGACUAUGUGGGCAUGAGAGGGAUCCUUGCUGCCCUCUGUGCGGUCUUCACGUUGCCGGUUUUUGCUCUCCUGGCUUUUACCUUCGUCCCUCCGCUGGUCUCUACCUUGUGGCUCGGGGUGACAUAUUCCUUUGCUGCGGCCAGUAUGUGGCCCUCUAUCCCUCUCGUGGUCCCACAAGCAACCCUCGGAACAGCCAUGGGCCUGGCUACCUCUGUGCAGAUGAUUGGUAUUGGAAUUUCUAAUCUUAUUGUUGGCAGAAUCCUUGGAACUAAAUCCAGUGAAGCGAAGAUCCCAUUGUGGCGCUGGCAGCAGAUGAUGAUAUUCAUGUUGGCGAAUACCAUUGCUUGUAUAGUGGCUUCUGUGACCUUAAAUGUAGUGGAUAAGAAACAGGGAGGCACACUGAACAAGAUGUCAAAGAGAAGACCUCAGACGGAGGCCGAAUCUAGAGAUGAUGCUGACAGAACACCCAUCCUGAAUAAUGAGGAUGAUCGCAACUCUAUCAACUAAAUUUGAGUAUCCCCAAACCCAACGGGAAGGAAACCCGCGAUGGGAUAUAUACGAUGGUUGCUAUUGCAGAUAUCUCCUGAAAAUGCUAGUUCCCUAGAUUUAUGCUGACCCUGGUCUUCACUCUUUCAAGUCGCAGACUGGAAAAAAGUAUGGGUUUAAGGAUUGAAGCAUUGACGCUAAAAACAGACAAUUGGCAUUUGCAGAAGAGGACCAGCAAUGGCAGCCGGCAUCUUUUAUCACAUGACAGGUGCACUUUAAUGUCUUCCAUAGCUCCUUUCUAACCAACAAUGCAUAAAGCAAUGCAGUGAUGGUAUUACUC